UACUGCCACGCCCCCCCAAUUCCUCUGAAGUUUUAUAAAGAGGACCAGAGACUGGAGAGUGAAAAGAACUGGGGGUAAGAACCCCCCCACCUAGCCCUGCUCCCCCAGGCUCCCCGAAAUCUCAGGGCAGAGGCACAGACGGCCUCUGGAACUCUUGCCCGGUGGGACCAUGAACUGGCAGCAGCUGUGGCUGGGCUUCCUACUCCCCAUGACAGUCUCAGGCCAGGCCCCGGGGCCUGGAGAGAAGGAGGCAGCAGUGGAGUAUUUGUUGCAAUACGGGUAUCUGCAGAAACCUCUAGAAGGAUCUGAUGACUUCAGGCCAGAAGAUAUCAUGGAGGCUCUGAGAGCUUUUCAGGAAGCAUCUGAGCUGCCAGUGUCAGGUCAACUGGAUGAUGCCACAAGGGUCCGUAUGAGGCAGCCCCGUUGUGGCCUCGAGGAUCCCUUCAACCAGAAGACCCUUAAAUACUUGCUGCUGGGCCGCUGGAGAAAGAAGCACCUGACCUUCCGCAUCUUGAACCUGCCCUCCACCCUCCCACCCUAUGUAGCCCGGGCAGCCCUGCUUCAAGCCUUCCAGUACUGGAGCAAUGUGGCUCCCUUGACUUUCCGGGAGGUGAAGGCUGGCUGGGCUGACAUCCGCCUCUCCUUCCAUGGCCGCCAAAGCCCAUACUGCUCCAAUAACUUUGAUGGGCCUGGGAGGGUCCUGGCCCAUGCUGACAUCCCAGAGCUGGGCAGUGUGCACUUUGAUGAAGAUGAGCUCUGGACUGAGAGGUCCUACCGAGGGGUGAACCUGCGCAUCAUUGCAGCCCACGAACUGGGCCACGCCCUGGGUCUUGGGCACUCCCGAUACACCCAGGCCCUCAUGGCCCCUGUCUACGCCGGCUACCGACCCCACUUCAAGCUGCAUCCAGAUGAUGUGGCCGGGAUCCAGGCUCUCUAUGGCAAGAAGAUCCCAGAAAUGGAGGAUGAGGAAGAAGAGACAGAGCUCCCUACUGUACCCCCGGUGCCCACACAACCCCCUCCCAUGCCAGACCCCUGCAGCGGUGAAUUGGAUGCCAUUAUGCUGGGGCCCCGCGGGAAGACCUACGCCUUCAAGGGAAACUACGUGUGGACCGUGACAGAUUCAGGGCUGGGUCCCUUGUUCCAAGUGUCUGCCCUUUGGGAGGGGCUCCCAGGAAACCUGGAUGCUGCUGUCUACUCUCCUCGGACACAAUGGAUUCACUUCUUUAAGGGAGACAAGGUGUGGCGCUACGUUAAUUUCAAGAUGUCUCCGGGCUUCCCCAAGAGGCUGAAUAGGGUAGAACCCAACCUGGAUGCAGCUCUUUACUGGCCUCUCAACCAAAAGGUGUUCCUCUUUAAGGGCUCUGGAUACUGGCAAUGGGACGAGCUGGCCCAAAUGGACUUUAGCAGCUACCCCAAACCAAUCAAGAGGUUGUUUACCGGAGUGCCAGACCAGCCCUCAGCUGCUAUGAGUUGGCGGGAUGGCCGUGUCUACUUCUUCAAAGGGAAACAGUACUGGCGUCUCAAUCGGCAGCUUCGAGUAGAGAAAGGUUAUCCCAGAGAUAUCGCCCACAACUGGAUGCACUGUCACCCCCAGAACUCAGAUCCCACGCCGUUGGAUGGGGAUACUUCUUCCUCAGCCACAGAAACAACCUUGGAUACCACAUCCUUGGCCACGGAUAUCCUGUUGAACACUGACAGCUCACCCAGAGAUGCAAUCUUGGACAUUAUCCCCUCAGCCACAGUCUCCACCACCCACUCAUUCCCUGGUAAUGUCACCCUCACAGAGGCCUAAGACCUCAGUCAAAUGUCUCCUGCAGGAGGAGCACUGAACCAGAGAUCUCAGGCCUCUAAAUGUCCCAGCUUCAGUUCCCUCUCCCCUGUCCUCUUUCCCUCCUGGGCAGUGACUCUAACUCUGGGACAGCCCCCAAUUCCUUCCAUUUCUUCCCCACACUGGAUAACAUUUCCAACUGUGUUAUCUACUCUCUGGAGGACACUGGUAGAGGAAAGGCAUCCAUCAGGCCUUUGGCUGACAGGAGGCAACAGCUGGGAAUGCCUGGGUCCUGUUCGUCCUAGAUAAAGAGCAAGAAAACAGCAUGGCCAGUAAAAUGGGCAAGGGCUUUGGAAUCCUUGAGAAUCACAUUUACUUGCUUAGCACCCUGGGCAAGUUAAUUAACGUCGUUGAGCCUCGGAUUUCCCAAAAGCAAAAUAAGGUUAAUACCAAUCCUGCAGGGUUAUUGCAUUAAAUGAAAUGCUGUAUGUGAAGUGUUUGGCACAUUUGUGCUUAAUAAAGGUUAAGUUCAUGUUCA